UUGAACUGAUAGAGAAGUUGUCAGAAGACGGAUUCCUUUACGCUGGGACAGUGAGAAAGAACCGUCUCGCAAAGUGCAAUGUCUUGGAGGAAAAUGCCCUGAGGAAGAAAGGACGAGGAUCACAUGAUUUUAGAGUAGAAUCAAAGACCAAUACCGUGUGUGUUAGAUGGCAGGAUUCCAAUGCGUUAACCCUCAUGUCAAACUAUGCAGGUCCUGAGCCUAUGGACAAAGCCCGUCGCUGGGACAAGAGCAAGAAAGACUACAUCAACGUUGACCGCCCAUACAUCAUCAGAGAAUACAAUACACACAUGGGUGGUGUGGAUAUGCUGGAUGCACACAUCUCCCGAUGUAAGUAUUCCAUUCGAACGCGGAGAUGGUACCUUAUACUCUUCUGGCAAUUUACCAGUAUUGGCGUAAUCAAUGCAUGGCUCCUGUACAAACGUGACUGUUCCCUACUGGGAAUCACAGGCAAGAGUGUGAUGAAGCUGUGCCAAUUCCAGUCCAAGGUUGCACAAGCACUGAUUGAGCGUGGAACCACCAGAAAGUCAGGUAGACCAUCCCUUGAUGAGGAAACAUCGCCCAAACCACCUAAGAUAAUCCGUGUCGAGCCAUGUGAAGAUGCACGUUUCGACCAAAUUGCACACUGGCCAGUAAAAAGAGACAAGCGUCGUCGCUGUGCAGUUUGCAAAACCAUCAAAACUGAUACGUGUUGUGAGAGAUGUGAUGUUCCUCUGUGUUUCAACGAGCGCAGAAAUUGCUACAAACUGUAUCAUAUAAAGUAG